CCUCCACUGUUGUUUUAGAGAGUCUGGCAGUAUGCCCAACUUCAGACCUGGGGAAAAAUAUGACCUUUUUAUAAAUGGAUUUCAUGCAAUUCUACAUCAUUUUAGAUGACUGGAGACUUUCUGAGAAUCUUUUUUAACACCUCACCAAUGACCAAAAUGACAGGCUGCUUUGACACUGAGAUCAAUAAAAACGACCUUGUCUCUAAUCCAUCAAUAGCCUAGGCCAGGUGUGUGGAGAAACACAUUGUACAAUAUGAGGAGGAAGUUAUAGUCCUAAACAAUCUUUCCAGUUUCACUGACUCACCCAAUGAUGUGCAGCUCACUCACCGGCCAAAAGCUUCUCUCUCUUGCUUUACUUUGUAAAACUAUGCUGUUCGCUCAAUAGGCCUAGAUGGAGUUGAUAACUUCUUAACAUACAGACAGAUUAGUAUUUUAUUUUCAGCAGGAUCCAUUUGCUUUACAACCUGUGUUUUCCAGUGACUGUAUUAGAAAUAUUGCUAAAGGCCUGUUUUGGCUGCAUGCUGUUCACUGACAGAUUUGCCACACGUUCCUGACUGUAGACAUGCCUUGUGAUUUGACUACACACAAUCCACAGCUAGGCUAUUUUAUUUAAAUGAUCUAUUGAUCCUCUGUAGCUAAAUACUCCUGGUGUAGUUUUGGGAAUUAUUUCAUUUGUUUCUGAACAGACUGCAGAGUGCUGCAGAACCUCAACACACUUCCCGCAGCUAUUAUUCUAUUAGGAAAUAAAUUAUGUGUAAUGCUGGAGAGAUGAGUUGCUGGCUCAUGUCUAUAACAGCACAGAGAGGGAGAGAGAUCAUAGAAAGUGAAUCUCAUUUUAGUUCUGUGAGAGAUACAGGCGUGCUUCUCUCUCACCACAGCAAUGGCCACGCCUUGGUCUAAAUAGGCUACAAUGUUGCACAAACCAUAAACCAGGGACGGUCCAACAUUAAUACAUUCUUAGAAUAUCAGGCACGUUUUCACAUUUAUGUUUUUAGGGGGCAUGACAAUUACAGAGAAAUCCAAAAUGUAAUUACUCUCGUUUUAAUAGGAUUUUUACCUUGCAAACAGUGGAAAUCAUUUUUCAUGCCACAGGAGGUAGGCUACCUGAUCUUUGCAAAUGGGUUCCGGAACGAAAGACUACAAAACUGAGAGGUGCUGGAGGAUCCGGCUCAAAUUAAGCACCGCCCUUCUCAUAUAAUGUGGUUAGGCCAUCCCAAGGAUCUCUGAAUGCAUGGAUGGUUGCAUCAAAGAUUUUGUUUCCAAUGGGAAGAGAUGAGUCAUACUGGGCAGAGCCAAGCACGAGUCAGCGAGAUCUUAUUGGCGCGUUCUAGCAAACAUCUGCAUAUAUAUGUUUGGGAACGCCUCCUUUGAAGUGCUCGUGUGCAAUAACUACAUUUGUGUUCCUUCUAAACAACGUGAUAAAAAAAUUGUUGCAACGGGUAAAGUCUACAAGACUUUGUCCACUCUGUUCACAACAGAUUUUAGUUUUGGGAAAAGAAAACUAUAUUAAAAUCAUUUGUUUCAUUGAUUAGAACAUCUGCAGAAUGUCGGCCAAAAUCCAUCUUCUCCCACUGCCGGCCAGUGGGCUUCCUCUCACUACCAUAUUUGGUAUUGUCAUGACAUUCCAUGCUAAAUAACACAACUAUUAUCAUAUUUAUCAUAUUUGGUAGUGAGUGGAAACGCUAAACAGAUGCUUCACAUUUCUACAUCCUGUGAAAUAUCUGUCUCGUUGUUCUAUCUGUGGCAGCACUGUGGUCGUGGGGGAACAGGAAGUUCCGGGCAGGCACGCACCAUUCUUAACAAUAAAGAAAGCACUAAGAACUGUGAUGUCUAGAAGAGAACCUUUGUGUCCAUUUCUAUUUAUUACUACAGAAUUAAGUCUGAGGCCGGUAACAUCAACAGUGACGACAAACCCAGCCUGCCUCUCUUCUUCCACACGAAGUCUAAACCUACAGUCACUGGGUCCUGAUUUUGACAGUGGAGCCCAGUUUGUACUGCAGGAUCCAGAGAUGGCAUCAGUGAAGCUAGAAGACUGCAGUCAAACACUGGAGCUGAAUGUCAACAUUAUAGAUGAAGAUGAGGAGGAGAAGAUUGGGACAUCUGUUUCUCCUGGAGACCAUGUUGAGACAUCCUCUACAUCCAGAGAGCAACAGCAGGAAGAUCACAGAGCUAAGAGGUCUCACUACUGCCCACAUUGUGAGGAGAUUUUCCCAAUUCUAUCAAAGCUAAAAACACACCUAAAAAUACACAAAGGAGAGAAUCCCUAUUCCUGUACUGACUGUGGGAAGAGAUUCACAACAUCAGGGGUUCUGACAGUUCAUCAGAGAGUGCACACUGGAGAGAAGCCUUACUUCUGCUCUGACUGUGGAAAGAGUUUCUCUAAACAGAACAACUUAAAAUAUCACCAGCGAAUACAUACAGGAGAGAAGCCUUACUCCUGCUCUGACUGUGGGGCGAGUUUCUCUCGACUCAAUACCUUAAAAACACACCAGCUAAUACAUACAGGAGUGAAGCCUUACUCCUGCUCUGACUGUGGAAAGAUUUUCUCUCAACUGGGCCACUUAAAAAGACAUGAACAUAUACAUACAGGAGUGAAGCCUUACUACUGCUCUGACUGUGUAAAAUGCUUCACAACAUCAACUGAGCUAAAAGUUCAUCAGAGAACACACACAGGAGAGAAGCCUUACUCCUGCUCUGACUGUGGAAAGAGUUUCUCUGUAAUGGGCAACUUAAAAACACAUGAACGUAUGCAUACAGGAGUGAAGCCUUACUCCUGCUCUGACUGUGGAAAAUGCUUCACAACAUCAACAGAGCUAAAGGUUCAUCAGAGAACACACACAGGAGAGAAGCCUUACUCCUGCUCUGACUGUGGAAAGAGUUUCUCUGUACUGGGCAACUUAAAAACACAUGAACGUUUACAUUCAGGAGAGAAGUCUUACUCCUGCUCUGACUGUGGAACGAGUUUCUCUCAAAUGGGCCAGUUAAAAAGACACCAAGGUAAACAUAAAGGAGAGAAGCCUUACCACUGAUCUGACUGUAUAAAAUGUUUUAAAACAACAGCUGAGCUAAAAGGUUAUCAGAGAACAGACACAGGAGAGAAGCCUUACUUAUUCUCCUAAUGUGGCAAGAGUAACUCAAGUGAAAGUCACCAAGUAAAAUACUACUUGAGUAAAAGUCUAAAAGUAUUUGGUUGUAAAUAUAUUUAUGUAUCAAAAGUAAAUGUAAUAACUAAAAUAUACUUAAGUAUCCAAAGUAAAAGUAUGAAUAAUUUCAAAUUCCUUAAAUUCAUAUCUAUGGGAUGGGUGUCCCUAAACCGGACGGUUGUUGCUAACUUGCGCUAAUGCGACUAGAAUGACCUUGUAUUCAACAGCCAACUUUCCAGGACAUUGACAAGCUUAAAUUCUUGUUAAUCUAACUGCAGUGUCCAAUUAACAGUAGCUAUUACAUUGAAAAAUGCCUUGCUAUUGUUUGAGGAGCGUAUACAACAACAACUUUUAUCACGGCAACUGGUUUGAUACCUUCACCUCUGAAGGUAAAUAAUGUACUUACAUUCAGUAAUCCUGCUCUGAUUUGUCACCAUGAGGGUCCCAGAGAUAAAAUGUAAUAUAGUUUUGUUUGAUUAAAAUCUAUUUUCAUGUUCAAAUGUAGGAACUGGGUUCUACAUUUUGAACCCCUGUUGUCUCUGGCUCCACAUCCACCCCGCCCGGCCAUCUAGAUGUGUGAAAGUUAGUCUGUAAGCUAAUGAUCCAUCGUGUAUGACAUUCCUGAGUGUGUAAUCUUACAUUUUUUAUUACCAUAGCAUUUGUAUAUUUUCUCUAUAGUUAUGUACACAAAUGUAUCAAUUGACCAAUUUGGGACGUUUUGGCAAACUCCUGGCAGACUUGAUAAGGUGCAGUAAUGUGAUUCUUCACUGCAUCAGUCAAACUGUGCACACUGCUCCCAUCUGGUGGAACAAAAUAUAAAUUACACCUAGACUCCUAUCUGAAAGUAUUGACUUUCUCUUGCAUUUCAAAGAUGAUGAAAAAGAAAAAUAGUUGUUUGUUUGUUUGUAUUAUCUUGUACCAGAUCUAUUGUGUUAUAUUCUCCUACAUUAAUUUCACAUUUCCACAAACUUCAGUGUUUCCUUUCAAAUGGUAUCAAGAAUAUGCAUAUCUUUGCUUCAGGUGCUGAGCUACCGGCAGUUAGAUUUGGAUAUGUCAUUUUAGGUGAUUUUUUGUUUUGUUAAAGGGUACGAUCCUUAAGAGGUUUUUAAGCAAACCAGAUGGCACAAUUGUGUUGUUUUUAUAUUGCAGUAAUUAAAUAAUAAAGUUUGAUU